AUGGCGGAGUUGACGAGACCCACCCGGCACCGCGUCGCGGUUGGAAUAUGCGACGAUGAAUGGAAGAGGGGGUGGGAAUCGACGCCGGGGUGUGGGGCCCGGGGGGUUGUGUGGGGGGGCAAGGGUGGUCCCCCCUGCCUCCCCCUUUAUGAAUGGGGCCAUACGUCAUCCGAAUCGAUCGGCGCCGUGUCCCCGGCCGUGGUAGGCGCACAAGGGCACCGCCGGUCGAACAACAGGUGCUCAGCUGACGCACUUCGCCGGGCCGCUUCCGCGAAACCAAUUUUCUGUCACUUAUGCAAUGACGUCAUAGCGGUUGAUAAUCGGCACUUAUGCCCUAUCUCCAUGGCUUUACCGAUAGUGAAUCGCUCGUUCUCGGUGACG